UCUACUAUUUUUCGCCGUCUCCUACGGUGUCGUUUAAUUUAAUUAGCCCUAAUUAAAGAAACCAUGCAUCGUUCCCUCAAAGUCGCUGUUAUCGGAGCUGGUGUUUCAGGCCUUGUGGCGGCACGUGAACUUCAACGCGAACGACACGACGUCGUCGUUUAUGAUCAAAACGACAGCGUAGGAGGAAACUGGAUCUACGAUCCGAGAACCGAAUCCGACCCCCUCAGCCUCGAUCCGAACCGAGAAACUGUCCACAGCAGCCUCCACGUGUCCCUACGCACCAACCUUCCAAGGGCACUAAUGAGUUUCACCGAUUACCCGUUUGUAAGAACCGAGUCCGACCCGAGAAGUUUCCCGCGUCACGACGAAGUGCUUCGGUUUUUAAACCGGUUCGCUGAUGAGUUUGGUGUUCGAGAGGUGACCCGGUUGAAGACGAGAGUGACUCGAGUAGAACGAGGGAAGGACGAGUGGGUUGUUGAGUCGAUGACUCGGGGAUCCGAAUCGGUAAGGAGGGAGGUGUUUGAAGCGGUUGUGGUGUGUUCGGGACAUAACUCGGUGCCGAGGGUUGCUGAGAUUGAUGGUAUUGAGAAUUGGAGAGGCUACCAAAUGCAUAGCCAUAACUACCGUGCACCUGGACGUUUUCAAGACCAGAUUGUGGUUAUAGUUGGUUAUGGAGCUAGUGCUUUUGAUAUCGCGGUAGAUAUUUUACCAUUGGCAAAGGAGGUUCACGUAGCAACCAAAGAUAAUCGAUUCGGCGUCAUACUCAAUCAUGUAAGAUACCAUACUAUGAUAAAAUGUGUGAAUAAAGAUGGCUCGAUUUCCUUUCAAGAUGGAUCAUCAAUUUUUGCAAAUACCAUAAUCUACUGUACUGGAUAUAAAUACCAUUUUCCGUUUCUUGAUAUCAAUGGAAUCGUAACCGUUGAAGACAAGUGUGUUGGACCGUUAUAUAAACACAUCUUUCCUCCAGCAUCAGCACCUUCGCUAUCUUUCAUUGGUAUUGUUACAAAGGAGCCGAUCUUCCUUAUGGCUGAAUUACAAUCUAAGUGGAUGGCAAGAGUUCUCUCCGGUAAAAUCUUGUUGCCAACAGAAGAUAUGAUGAUGAAAUCUAUUGAAGAUAUCUAUCAUGAAAUGGAGGAAAAUGGAUUGCCUAAGACCUGCAGUCUUUCUCUUCGUCCACUUCAGGCUGAGUACAAACACUGGCUAGCAACACAAAUUGGGUUGCCUCCUUUGGGAGAAUGGAGGGAAAAAUUGCUGUCUGAGAUCUUCAAGAAAUUAGGUGAACUCCCAUUGACAUAUAGAGAUCAAUGGGAUGACACUUAUUGGGAUUCCAUCAUUCAAUUUUAAUUUCAUCAACAUCCUAGAGUAAAUAUGUAUUUUUU